AUGCACCGCGGCUGCAGUUGCAAAGCCAGCUCGUCUGCAUCGGUAGCGCUCGAAGAGGACGUGGUGCGGCGUUCUCGACGCGAACGUCCCGGGUGGCCGGGAAAUCCAAGUCGAGAUCGACCGCGGCGUCUGUCCUUUUAUGGCCUGUCUAGGAACGAUCAUCAUGUCAGCAACGCCAUGGCGACGGAGAAUGUGAACAUUCCAGGGGGUGCCUCAGCGACAACACAGGGUGGCGAAGCUGUUGCAGGAAUGUCGCGCUUUGGCAGCACACGCCGAGCCGAGCCAAGGCAUGCUCAUCGACGCCGUCGAAAGCUCCAACCUCGCACAGCGUCAGAAGAACCAAAUCGCCGUAUGAUCCCCUCGCACUACAAUUAA